CUGGGGAUCGGCUUAAGCAAGGUCACCAUUCUGACGUUAGAUCUUCCUGAUCCUGAGGUUGAACCAGCAGGGAGCCAGACCACUCCUUCUCCACCCCUACCGCCCUUCCUGCAUACACACAUACACACACACACACACAUUCGAAGGCAUGCAGAGGAGUGCUUCCUGAUGUUAAGGGCUUGACAACGAUUUUCCUCACUUCCAGCUGUGUGCUGCUUGCCCAGGACUCUGUGUGAUGAGUUAAUCUUGUACAGAAUCCAGUUCCUUUUUAUCUCUCCCUCUCCGACCACCACCACUCCUUUAUUUUUUUCCCCCUUCUCCAAUUUACACAAGUGGAAAAGAAAAAGAGAGAAGUUCAGAAACUGAAGAACAGAAACACUUACUCUGGCUGCAGGAUCAAGAUAAGGUGACAUAUUCGGCACCCUGCUGGUGUUGACAUUUUUACCUGUGGAAUCUCUGCCCACAUCAAAGCCUCUGUCGAAGUAACGAUGGAUUGGGGUGAGGGACCUUCACUGUAAUGAGAUUGGAGUUCAAGAGGAUUUGACCACAGAGCAAGCGUCAGUGGAGAGUUUUAGAGAACUGGCUCGGCAUUCUCUCUUAAGAUUAUCUCUUGAUCCUUAUCUGGGUAUUUCUGCCCCAAACUGGGAAACAUGCCUGCAAAAACCCCCAUUUACUUAAAGACCUCAACUCCCAAACGGGGCAAAAAACUGAAGCUCCGAGAUGUCCUCUCUGGUGAUAUGAUCAGCCCCCCUCUAGGUGACUUCCGUCACAGUGCUCACAUUGGGCGGGACGGCGAGGGGGACAUGUUUGGGGACAUCUCCUUCUUGCAGGGAAAGUACGACGUGCUGCCCAGCGUGAAGAGGUGCCCCACGUCUCAGAGCAUGAUCCAAGAGGAGUACGUUCGAAAGAAGAGUCUUCAAAGCGGGACGCCAGGCUUCCAAACCCUGCUGAAGAACGCAGUCUCCCUCCCGCUCUUCACUGGAGUGCAGGAAACCCAGGAAGAAGAGCAAGCUCCUCCAAAGCCACCUCGGCUACACCUGGAGGAAGGUCCUGGUCAGAGGUCGCUGUCUGUUGGAUGCGCUGCCGCUCACUUCAACAGCAGCACAGAGAUGUCUGUGAUUCCCAGCUUCGCAAAGACGAUUGUAUCCUCCUUUUCCUUCUCCGCCACGACGUCAAACACGUCCUCGGAAUGCUCGGUGACUGGGAAGCUGGGUGGCAAGAGGAUCUUGAGCGUGGACAGCGAGACGGGUCUGAGCGACGAAAAUCUCUUCCCCUCUGGCUCGUUCCUGAGCGAUUCCGGAUCAGUCCUGGGGCUCGAUCUCGAUCUGGGGCCUUCCAUACUAGAUGACGUUUUGAGAAUAAUGGACGAGUAUAAGGUCCAGGAGAGCUAAGAAGCAAUGUCUGACUGACGGUGCCUGGCAGGAGGCUUGAGUAACUGUUUGGCACGAUGGCAGAAGGCUCUUGAACAAUACAAUGCAAAGUUCUGUUCUGCCAGAACGUUUGGUUGAGAUGUAUCCUCUUGAGGCAAGCCAACUUGAUUUCCGAUUCGAAGCCGUGCUAACAAUGAAUGAUCUUCCCUUUCGAAAUGAAAUCUGAAUUAUGAUCAGUGAUUGAAACCAUUACUAUUGCCUGUGUGUUUAUAUACAUAAUCAUUAAACUGCUUCCUCUCGUUGCUGUACCAUCGUAAUCAUUUGAAACUGUGACAUCUUCUUUCCAACAGGCCCACGUGCCCAGGGGAAGAGCUGGUUUUAGUCUCCUAAACUAGUACAUGUCAAAGCACUUCACAGAAUGUACUGCACGACUGUUUCUGGGACACUGCUGUGCGCAAAUGGCUGCCGCAUUUCUCCUACAAAAUAUACAGUAUAUUCUGUGAGGCGGUUUGAGACGUCUUGAAGGCAUGAUAAGGCCAUGUAUCAAAUGCAAGGAUUAUUAUUAUUAUGCUCUCCUGAUGUGAAAAUGGGUUACAUCCAAAGAGUAGGUGGAAUUUCGGGCCCUCAAAUCUGCAGGGCUUCCUAUCUAAUGAACUGUUGUCUCUGUGUUGUGGGAGAGAACAGUGGGAAUACAGAUUUAUGUUUCAGAUAAACAUGUUUUUUUUUGCGGCAAAGCAGGUUUGGCAAGAUUAGGAUCCAAGACAAAUGGAAUGCUUAUUUACAGUUAAUGAAACGAAUCCUUGCAUCGCUUUGUGAAAAAUUACUGUGUGCUGUUUCAAGUUUUUCCUUUCCCCGCCCAAGCCCCAAUAAAAAAAAACUGGGAAUAAAGGACUACGUUAAACUCAA